UGUAAUAAAAGAAAGUCGAAUUGCUCAAGUAACUGUGUAAUUAAGUAGUUUCGGUAAGGCAAAAUGCCGCUAAAGAAAAAUGAGGUGAAAAGGAAGAAAUCCGUUUCAUUUGAAGGUGAUCAAGAGAAAAUUAUUCUAAGCAAAACCUAUCCAACGACAGGAAUACUCUCAAAAAUCAUAGUAGGAGUGAUAUUACUGGUACUACUAUACCAGCUCUACAUGUACAUUCAAGUCUCCAUAGUAGCUGUUCCAGUUUUACCUAAAUUCGACUUGAAUGUGUGGUGGGGACCAAACAACACCAAAGUUCAGGACAGUUCUAUAAGACCUUAUAGAAUUGUUUUAUCGGAUUCUAUGCAAGAGAAUCUGCGAAGAAAAUUUGAAUCGUAUCGUCGAGCGACACGCAUCAAAAGCUUUAACGAAUCCUCGGAAUAUGGCAUCAACUCUGAUGUGCUAGGCCAGAUAUUUGCCCAUUGGCAAUUCAAAUAUAAUUACAGGGAGCGGGCGAGAUAUCUGAAUAAAUAUAGCCAUUUUAAGACAAAUGUCCAGGGCCUGGAUAUACAUUUUAUUAGGGUGAAACCUGAAAUUACGGACAAUGUUAAGGUCCUUCCAUUACUUCUGCUUCAUGGAUGGCCGAGUUCGGUGAAGGACUUCUAUGAUAUUAUUCCACUUCUGACCACACCUAGAGCGGGACAUAAUUUCGUAUUUGAGGUUAUCGCACCAAGUCUUCCUGGCUUUACUUAUUCCCAAGGGGCAGUCAGACCAGGACUAACAACGUAUCAGAUAGCCAUCAUCAUGAGAAACCUCAUGGAGAAAAUUGGCUUCAAACAAUUUUAUAUACACGGAGAAGAUAUCGGCAGUACCAUCGGUUCUCACAUCGCCACUAUAUUCCCAAAACAAGUUCUUGGCUUUCACACUAGCACCCCCGUAAAUUUUUCAAAGUUGGCACAAUUGACGUUGAUAUUAGGAGCUGUAUUCCCCACAUACAUAGCAGGAGACUUAGCUGAUAAAGUAUACCCUUUGAAAGAUAAAAUGAAUUACUUUUUAGAGGAAUCUGGUUACUUACAUUUGCAAAGUACAAAGCCGGAUACUGUAGGCAUAGCUCUUCAAGAUUCUCCAUUGGGACUUGGAGCUUAUAUUAUUGAGAAAUAUUUACUCUUCACUAAUCCUAACAACAAGAACAUCCAAGAUGGUGGCCUUUCCACAUUCAAUAAAAUGGAUUUACUUGACAACGUGCUGAUGUAUUGGACCACUGGCAGCAUCACUACAUCUCUGAGAUUGUAUAAGGAAGUAAUUGACAAUUACGACACAGAGGAAGCUCUUACAAGAAUACCGACCCCUGUCCCGACAUGGGGCCUUCGAACGAAGUACGAUCUCAUUCACCAACCUGACUUCAUCCUCCGAUGGAAGUAUCCGAACCUGGUAGGCGUCACAAAUCUAGACGACGGUGGCCAUUUUGCGUCCUUUGAGAAACCGAACGAAGUAGCUGAUGAUAUUUUUAAGGCUGUAAAGAAUUUUUUGAGUAAAACAGAAUAA